AUGAGGAGGCAGCCAAACCAAAACUGCGCUAGUCCCGACCGGAUCCUCGCCUUUCCACCUCAAACCACAAGAAACGUCUUCAAGUCAUUCCCCAUCCACGAUCCUCCUCCACUCUCUCCUAAGCCGUGCCCUGGCGUGCUCUCUGGCUUCCAACCCCUCGACCUCCCUCUAAUUACCUCAAUUGAACCCGAUUUCGACGUGGUGCUGCCACCUCCCGCCUGCCGCACAAUGUUUCUUCGCACCAUCUCUCGCGCUGUCCCUCGCAGCACCGCGGCCAUCCGUGCUGCCCCGACUGCCUCUGUGAACGCCCUGCAGACCCGCGCUGCUUCGGACCAUGCCAUUCCCAACCCUACCCUCGCCAACAUCGAGAAGCGCUGGGAGGGCAUGCCCCCUCAGGAGCAGGCCGAGCUCUGGAUGCAGCUCCGUGACCGCAUGAAGGUCGACUGGCACUCGUUGACCCUCCAGGAGAAGAAGGCUGCUUACUACAUUGCCUUCGGUGCCCACGGUCCCCGCGCCCAGGCCCCCAAGGGUGAGGGCUUGCGCGUGUUCGCCAAGGUUCUCCAGCUCACUGCUGUCUCCGUUGCUCUCUUCUACACCGUCCACGCCUUUGCCGGCAAGCAGCCUGGCACCAUGUCCAAGGAGUGGCAGGAGGCCUCCAACGAAUAUGCUCUGAAAGAGAAGAUCAACCCCAUUCACGGUAUCAGCAAAGAGGGUUACGAAGGCAAGGGCUUCGUCCAGAGCCCCCUGCCGAGAAGUCAUAGGUGUACUCGUUGCCCGACCGGGAAUGAUUUGAUAUCUACGCGCGGACGGCGACACCCAUCGCACGACCUAGAAGUCGAUUUUAUUGCCAGCUACUCUUUCCAUAGCCAUGUUCGACAUGUCUUUGUAUCGGAGGAUGGAUCUCCGCCCGUGCGCGCGACUGUUGACUGUUCCCCCAUUCUAUCUUUCUUGGCAAGCAUUGGAAAAUGCGUGUAUCCCGUACUAAAGCUCAAGUUGGUGCUCGGUUCAUCACGGGAUCGUCGGCAAAACCGCCCCGGAAAGGCUAAGGGCGACCAGUCCCCAUCCACCAACCUCUUCCCUUCCUCUUCUUCCCUCUUUUCCCGUUCCAACCUCACCUCUUCCUUUCAUCACAUCUCGCUCUUCAACACCGUCAUUAUGUUCAAGAGCGGUCUCGCCCGGUCCUUUGGGAGGGCUGCUUUUGCCCGGACGACCCCCGUCGCCCGCGCUUUCCAGCCUAUCCGCUCCAAUGCUCUCCCGGCUCUCACUGCCCGCUUCGCUAGCUCCGAUGCCACUUUGACUGGAAAGGUUCACCAGGUCAUUGGUGCCGUCGUUGACGUGAAGUUCAGCGGAGAGAAGCUCCCUGCCAUUUACAACGCCAUUACCACCACCAACAACGGCCAGAAGCUCGUUCUGGAGGUUGCUCAACACUUGGGUGAGAAUGUCGUCCGUACUAUUGCCAUGGACGGUACCGAGGGUCUCUCCCGUGGUGUCAUCGCCGAGGACACUGGUGCUCCCAUCACCAUCCCCGUCGGUCCCGCCACUCUCGGCCGUAUCAUCAACGUCACUGGUGACCCCAUUGACGAGCGUGGUCCCGUCAAGGCCACCAAGUUCGCUCCCAUUCACGCCGAUCCCCCUGCGUUCGUCGACCAGUCCACCUCUGCCGAGAUUCUCGUCACCGGUAUCAAGGUUGUCGACUUGCUCGCCCCCUACGCCCGUGGUGGUAAGAUUGGUCUCUUCGGUGGUGCCGGUGUCGGUAAGACCGUGUUCAUUCAGGAGCUGAUUAACAACAUCGCCAAGGCCCACGGUGGUUACUCCGUGUUCUGUGGUGUCGGUGAGCGUACCCGUGAGGGUAACGAUCUGUACCACGAGAUGCAGGAGACCGAUGAACGAGCCCCCGGUGCCCGUGCCCGUGUUGCCCUGACCGGUCUGACCAUUGCCGAGUACUUCCGUGACGAGGAGGGUCAGGACGUGCUGCUCUUCAUUGACAACAUUUUCCGUUUCACCCAGGCCGGUUCCGAGGUGUCUGCCCUUUUGGGUCGUAUCCCCUCUGCCGUCGGUUACCAGCCUACCCUGGCUGUUGACAUGGGUGUCAUGCAGGAGCGUAUCACCACCACCCAGAAGGGUUCUAUCACCUCCGUCCAGGCCGUUUACGUGCCCGCUGACGAUCUGACUGAUCCUGCCCCCGCCACCACCUUCGCUCACUUGGACGCCACCACUGUGUUGUCUCGUGGUAUCUCCGAGUUGGGUAUCUACCCCGCUGUCGACCCUCUCGACUCCAAGUCCCGUAUGCUCGACCCCCGUAUCAUCGGUGACGAGCACUACAACACCGCCACCCGUGUCCAGCAGAUGCUCCAGGAGUACAAGUCCCUCCAGGAUAUCAUUGCCAUUCUCGGUAUGGAUGAGUUGUCCGAGGCUGAUAAGCUCACCGUCGAGCGUGCCCGUAAGCUCCAGCGUUUCCUGUCCCAGCCCUUCGCCGUCGCCCAGGUCUUCACUGGUAUCGAGGGUACCCUUGUUGACUUGAAGGACACCAUCGCCUCCUUCAAGGCCAUCAUUGCUGGUGAGGGUGACGACCUCCCCGAGGCCGCCUUCUACAUGGUUGGUGACAUCAACGCCGCUCGCGCCAAGGGUGAGAAGAUUCUCGCUGAGCUUGAGAACAAGGCCUAA